UUUAUCGAGACUUCGAGAGUUAGGAGCAUGCCGAUCAAUUAAGCUCCGGUCAAGGCCACUCACUUCCUCACAAAAUAAAGGCGGCAGUACCGCCACUCCGCCAACGUUCUUCUUUGAUAUUUUUUUUUCUCCAAUUUCACUCAAAUCAUUUGUACUUCGAUACUCAAUUGUACUUGUACCAACAAUUCUAUCAUACAAAUUCAAUUUUCCCACUUACAAGAUUACUUACUCCUUUACAAUACAUUUCAAUACAAUAACAAAAAGUUGAUUUUUUUUCAAUUAAUUGGGAUUUAUUCAUUGCUUUUUUAUGGGAAUGGACGGAAAUUUCGAGCAAAUUCUUCAAGAAGGCAAGCUCUAUCGCGAUGUUAAUGCUUUGAUUGUUGCUCAUCUUCGCGACAAUAAUCUCAAUCAGGCUGCCAGUGUAGUUGCUUCUGCUACAAUGACCCCUUUGAAUGUCGAAGCGCCUCCCAAUCGGCUUCUUGAUUUAGUGUCCAAGGGUCUUGCAGUAGAGAAUGGGGAGCCUGUAAGAGGGGUUUCUGCAUCCGCAUUGUUUGAUUGUGGUUCUGUUGUACCUGCAGCUUAUGGGUCAAUCCCAGUUCCUCGAAUUGCUGCCAUAGAUUUCAGUGCCUCGCCGGAUGUUAAAGGCGGAUCUAAAACUUUCUCAGAGCAUGACACGAGGCAUGUGUCGGAGCAUAAGAAUGUUGCAAGGUGUGCGAGAUUUAGCCCUGAUGGGAGAUAUGUAGCAACAGGAAGUGCAGACACAUCUAUUAAACUUUUUGAGGUUGCAAAAAUUAAGCAAAUGAUGCUACCAGAGGCCAAAGAUGGACCCGUUAGACCAGUCAUUCGGACAUUCUAUGAUCAUAUACAACCAGUAAAUGAUCUGGAGUUCCAUCCACAGAAUACUAUAUUGAUUUCUGGCGCCAAAGACCAUACAAUAAAGUUUUUUGAUUUUUCUAAAGCAACAGCAAAAAGAGCCUUCAGAGUCAUUCAGGAUACUCAUAAUGUGCGUUCAGUGUCAUUUCAUCCUUCUGGAGAUUAUCUUUUGGCUGGGACUGAUCAUCAAAUUCCACAUUUGUAUGAUAUCAAUACGUUCAAGUGUUACCUGUCAGUUACUUCUGAAGACGUUGCUGGCAAUGCAGCCAUCAAUCAGGUAAGGUAUUCUUCCACUGGUGGCAUGUAUGUCACAGCAUCAAAAGACGGUGCUGUACGAAUAUGGGAUGGUGUCAGUGCCAAGUGUGUGCGGCCUCUAAUAGGCGCACAUGGAACUGAGGCCACUAGUGCAAUUUUCACCAAGGAUAACAGGUUUAUUCUCUCAUGUGGCAAGGAUUCAACUGUAAAACUCUGGGAGGUUGGCAGUGGAAGAUUGGUAAAGCAGUAUGUAGGAGCUACACACACACAGUUGCGCUGCCAGGCUGUUUUUAGUUACACUGAGGAGUUCAUUUUAUCAAUAGAUGAACCGAGGAAUGAGAUUAUUGUAUGGGAUGCACUAACUGCAGCAGAAGUAACUAGACUUCGAUCAAAUCACAUCGGGCCACCCCGAUGGUUAGAACACUCGCCUAUUGAGGCGGCAUUCAUUUCCUGUGGGACAGAUCGGUCUGUAAGAUUUUGGAAGGAGGUUUAGAUUUAGCUCUCUGACUAUCUGGAGCAACAGAAAUCGUGAAAUUUUUCCAUCGUGUGAUCCUUUCUUUUUUCUUCGUUUAAUGUUGUAUCAUCCCAAAUAAUGUAUCUGUAUGAAAUAGAAAUGUAUUGCCUUUUUCCUAACCA